GCGCAUGCGCAGCGCGCUCCACCGCCAUCUUGGCCCGAGUAAACGCUGUCGCUGCCGCCGCUAAACAAACCCGAGCGCGGCAUUGGCGAACGGUGGCGAGUGAGGGGAAGGGGGGCGGCGCGGCUGCCGCGGAGCCUUCGAUGUACUGGGCACGGCCGGGCAGCGAGGCUGAGCUCUGUGGGAGCACAGACACAAGGGAAGGAUGCCUGUGGUGUGGCCAACUCUUCUGGACCUCAGUAGGGAUGAGUGCAAGAGGAUCCUUCGCAAACUGGAACUGGAAGCCUAUGCAGGUGUCAUCAGUGCCUUACGUGCACAGGGAGACCUUACAAAAGAGAAGAAGGAUCUUCUUGGAGAACUCUCUAAAGUGCUUAGUAUUUCAACAGAGCGACAUCGUGCUGAAGUUCGGAGAGCAGUAAAUGAUGAACGACUAACAACGAUUGCACACAAUAUGUCUGGACCAAACAGCUCUUCCGAGUGGUCCAUAGAAGGUCGUCGACUGGUACCACUGAUGCCACGACUUGUUCCACAAACAGCUUUUACUGUUACUGCAAACGCUGUUGCCAAUGCAGCCAUUCAGCACAAUGUGUCUCUUCCAGUUCCUGCAGAAACUGGAAACAAAGAAGUGGUGGUUUGCUAUUCCUACACAAGUACCACUUCAACCCCAACAUCUACCCCUGUUCCAAGUGGCAGUGUAGCAACAGUGAAGUCCCCCAGACCUGCCAGUCCAGCCUCCAAUGUAGUCGUCUUGCCAAGUGGAAGUACUGUUUACGUCAAAAGUGUCAGCUGCUCAGAUGAUGAUGAAAAGCCCCGCAAAAGACGGCGAACAAAUUCUUCUAGUUCUUCCCCUGUUCUCCUGAAAGAAGUCCCGAAGGCAGUGACUCCUGUCACUAAAACUAUCACAGUGCCUGUAAGUGGGAGCCCCAAAAUGAGUAAUAUAAUGCAGAGCAUUGCCAACUCCUUACCACCACACAUGUCGCCUGUGAAAAUAACCUUCACUAAGCCCUCAACACAGACAACAAACACCACAACACAGAAGGUCAUAAUAGUAACCACCUCUCCAAGCUCAACUUUUGUACCCAACAUCCUUUCCAAGUCCCACAACUAUGCAGCAGUUACAAAACUUGUCCCAACAUCAGUCAUUGCCUCAACUACUCAAAAGCAGCCUGUGGUUAUCACUGCUUCCCAGUCCUCUGUGGGCAGCAGCAGCAGCAGCUGCUCCACUCCCUCCUGCACUGCAAAUACCAUUGCUGUGACUGCUGUAGUGUCAUCCACACCAUCAGUGGUUAUGUCAACCGUAGCACAAGGUGUAUCUACAUCAGCAGUUAAAGUUGCCUCUACCAGACUACCUUCCCCAAAAGGUUUGGUUGGGAAUCCAACUCAGAUCUUAGCACAGUUUCCCAAACAGCAUCAGCAGUCUCCCAAACAGCAGCUGCACCAAGUCCAACAGGCCCAACAGCAGCAGCAGCAGCCACAGCAGCAGCAGCUAGUGCCGUGUUCUGUAGCCCAGCAGCAGCCACAGCAAUCUCAGCUGCCAGCUGGCAUCAAGCCCACCAUUCAGAUCAAACAGGAAUCAGGUGUUAAAAUAAUCACUCAACAGGUGCAGCCCAGUAAAAUCCUUCCCAAACCAGUUACAGCGACCUUGCCCAGCAGUAGCAAUUCACCCAUUAUGGUGGUUAGCAGUAAUGGGACUAUCAUGACAACUAAACUGGUCACUACUCCCACUGGAACUCAAGCAACAUAUACACGGCCAACGGUGAGCCCCUCUCUGGGAGCUCGGAUGGCUGGAACUCCACAGGCUGCUACUUAUGUGAAAACUACAAGUGGUAGCAUCAUUACAGUAGUACCAAAGUCACUGGCUACUCUAGGAGGGAAGAUCAUCAGCAGUAAUAUUGUUUCUGGAACUACAACCAAAAUCACUACAAUUCCAAUGACAUCGAAACCCAAUGUGAUUGUUGUGCAAAAGACUACUGGAAAAGGAACUACAAUUCAAGGGCUUCCAGGCAAAAAUGUUGUCACAACACUGUUGAAUGCUGGGGGGGAGAAAACUAUUCAGGCAGUGCCAGCAGGAGCAAAACCUGCUAUCAUCACUGCCACAAGACCCAUCACAAAAAUGAUUGUUACACAGCCAAAAGGAAUAGGGUCCACGGUCCAGCCAGCCACCAAAAUCAUCCCAACUAAAAUUGUUUAUGGUCAGCAAGGGAAAACACAGGUCCUCAUAAAACCAAAACCAGUGACAUUUCAAGCAACAGUUGUGAGUGAACAAACCAGGCAGCUGGUGACUGAAACGUUACAGCAGGCUUCAAGGGUAGCAGAGACAGGAAGCUCAUCUCUCCCAGAAGUGAAAGAAGAACCACAAACCUACACUGACAGUAGCUCUUCUUCUACAGAGUCCUCCCAGAGCUCUCAAGAUUCUCAGCCUGUAGUCCAUGUGAUUGCUUCAAGAAGUCAAGAUUGGUCAGAACAUGAAAUUGCUGUGGACACAAACCCUACAAUAAUUUACCAGGAUGUAUCCAGUGAAUCUCAGUCAGCUACUUCCACAAUAAAAGCUUUGUUGGAACUUCAGCAGACAACAGUGAAGGAAAAGUUGGAAUCAAAGCCAAGGCAGCCUACCAUUGACUUGAGCCAAAUGGCUGUUCCAAUCCAGAUGACUCAAGAAAAGAGGCAUUCUCCAGAAAGUCCUUCAAUUGCUGUUGUAGAGUCAGAACUAGUGGCUGAAUAUAUCACAACUGACUCAGGAAGACAACACUGUAUUGGUUCACAUUCGGAAGAAUAUCUGCACAACCAUAUAGUCAGUCAUCGGUCCCAGCCCCACCAGUCAUCUCAGCCCCAGAGGACUCUGCUGCAGCACGUGGCUCAGUCGCAGACAGCAACGCAGACUUCUGUUGUGGUGAAAUCUAUUCCUGCAUCCUCCACUGGCGCCAUUACCCAUAUCAUGCAGCAGGCCUUAAGCAGUCACACUGCAUUUACCAAACACAGUGAACAACUUGGAACUGAGGAAGGAGAAGUGGAGGAGAUGGACACCUUGGAUCCUCAGACUGGCCUGUUUUACAGAUCUGCCCUGACACAAUCGCAGGCACAAAAGCAGCAAAAACUGAGUCAGCCGCAGCUGGAACAGACUCAACUGCAAGUGAAAACUCUGCAGUGUUUCCAGACUAAACAGAAGCAGACAAUCCACCUGCAGGCUGAUCAAAUCCAGCACAAACUCCCACAAAUGCCCCAACUUUCCAUAAGGCAUCAAAAGCUAACUCCCCUGCAGCAAGAGCAAGCACAGACCAAACCAGAUGCACAGCACCCCCCACACCAUAUGAUGGCCAAAGAAAGGCAACUCCCUACCUUAGUGGCACAGCCACAGCAAACUGUAGUACAGGUGCUUGCAGUAAAAACCACGCAGCAGCUGCCCAAACUGCAACAGGCACCAACGGCACAAAAAAUCUACGUGCAACCCCAGCCCCCCCAGAGUCAAAUGCAGCUACCUGCCUCUUCAGAGAAACAGCCAGCAAGCCAGGUGCAACAUCUAACUAUAAUGCAAGGGUCCACUGUUACAGAGAUAACUUUUGAGGGGCAUGAACCUCCUUUUGUUUCAAAGGUAGCAGGUGGCAGUUCUGUGCCCAAACUGGCACUGCUGGUUACCAGCCUAUUUCCCAUGCAGGCAUCCAUGGAGACAUCAGUAGCAGAUAUAUUGAGAGUGUCUAUGGUGGAAGCUCAGAUUGAUGCAAACAUAGAACAUACAGUAGUGGAUCCCCCAAACAAGGCCACAUCCACUAGUAAACCUGCUAGUGAAGCAGAGUCGUCACCUUGUACCCAGGGCCCGAGGGUGGCUGCAGUGGGGAUGACGGCACCUUCCAUCCCCCAGCAACAGACACAUACAGAAUCCAGCUCAAGUCCUCCUGCUGUUGGUCCUACUUUAACAGAGAGGAAACUCGAUGCACGAGGAAUACCUACAACAAACCAGUUUAUACACAUUCAGAAUAUAUCACAAAAGAAAGCUGAAGAGAGCUCAUCAGAAAUGGUUGUCCAGACUAUCCCUCACUAUUCCAUCCCUUGUCACUCCAGCUCCAAUGUGGUAGUGGAACCCAGUGGGCUCCUGGAGCUCAGCAACUUCACCAGUCAGCGCCUCGAUGAUGAGGAGACAGCAAUGGAGCAAGAUGUGGACAGUAGCACUGAGGAUGGCACUGAGCCCAGCCCCUCUCAAAGUUCUGCUGAACAAUCCUAAGGAAUUGGGACGCUGGAGUGCACUUUAAAAUAUCUUGGGAUUUCAAGCAUCCAAGAUGCCCUUCUAUUGUGAUGUCUUAGAGCACUUUGCCUAUUAGAAUUGUUCAUUGGACUCUUGAAGCAUCAGUAUUGAAAAAGCUGCAUCUUAAAAAUGGUUUUGGGAAAACAAAGAAGACAUGAUGUGUAGUUACCAAGAUUUAGUAAAUCUGUGACAGUGGAAUGUACUCCUGUUCAAAAACUAAUCUGCUGUUGAAGCCCUUGCCCAGAUACCAAAACAGCUUUAAGUGAAAAGGGAUCAUUAUUUUGCUCUGUCUUUUUAGCUGUUGAGCAAAACACCAUUAAAAAAAUGAAAUCAUUUAAUAAAUAUUUUUAUUUUCAAAUAGCAUGUGAGAGAAAAAAAUGUCUCUGACAGUGCUGGAAAAGCCCUAAGAAUUGUGGAAUUGGCUAGCUUUCUUGCACUCAUGCUCACUUAAACAUUUUUUUCAGAAGUUUAAAAUGUUUUUUUUUAAAUUCUUGUGGGUGAAUGUUUGGAAAUAAGCAAAACUGCUAACUGGUAGCGAAGUGGAUUUGCUAGUGGAGUUUUGUUUUCGUGCUUUACAAGAAGUAGGGUAAUCAUAGACGAGGCAUUUCUUUGUGCCAUAAACACACAAGAUGCUCAUCUACUCUAGUUAACCUUUGAUUAUUUAUUUAAAUAUAAAUUUUAAAGUGAGACAAGUUGAAAAACUUCCUGUGAAACAGGCAGUUGUAUUAAUUCUAGUACAAACCAUGGAGAAUGAGGUGUCUUUUGCUAUUAAUCAGUUUUUCAAAAUGGGGGAUAAAUAGUUCAACAUCUUUCCAAGUUGAACUUGAGAAUUUAGAAGUGAGCUAACACUUUUAAAAAUCUAUAUUUUACUCUUACAUGCUGUUUUUAAAGUUGAACAUUUGGGGAGUUUAAAAGCUGAAAUGGGUAUACAAUGGUAGGUUGUAUAUUACCUUGCUAAUUACAGGGCAAAAUUAGCCUUAUGCCUUGGCUUGUUGAAGCAAUACAUUGGGGUUUUGUGAUAGUUACAAGUCACAGAGAGUGGUUUGGGCUCAGAUGGGACAAGAGAACCAGUUUUAAGACAUUCUGGUAAUCAAGACAAUACAUUUUUUUCCAAUAUGUAUAUAAAACCAUGUUUUUAACUGUUUUGUAUAGAUUUCACCAUAAAUAACUAAGCAUUUUAUGACUUUGACAUAUCAUUUAAUUGUAUAUACAUGUAUAAGCCUAACUGCCGAUGUUUUGGUGCUGAAGUACUGUAAGUAGAUUUAAUCCAAAUUCUAAUAACAGCUUUUUGCGUCAGUCUUUUUUUUAAGCUGUCAUUUUACUGUUGAUAUUGUAGCUAAGGUUAAAUUCCAGUUGGAGUAACUCAAACUAAAAUAUACAAACCCUAAAAGCCAUUUAUCUUACUCAAGUAUCCACCUAUGUUAGAACUCUCAGUAACCCCUAGAGGGGGCUCUUGGUUUUCUCUAACCUCAAUUGUCUUCUAAACUAAGACACUAGGACCUUUUAUAUUCUUUUUUUCCUUCUGUUUUCUUUUUCCAUCAACGCUAGUUCCAAAAUAAUGUAGUUUAUAAUUGUGCAGAAAUGUCCUGAUAAAUUUGACAUGCAAAUACUGAAUAAUGGGUUAUGAAACGAAUGAUUUUUGUGUUACCUUUGUAUUGAAAUAAGUAUUGGUUUGGGUUCUGCUGUCCAUAGUGCUCAGGAUUGAAGAGAAUAAUAUGUUAUAAAUUAAACAUUCCACAUUUCUUUCUUUAGCUAAAUAAUAACCCUGCCAGUAUGUCAUUGUAGGUAGUUCAGGUUUUGGUAACUAUUUGGGUGAUUUUACUCUUGAUGAAAAUGAAAUCAUAGUAAUCAACAAAAGUGAAGAAGUUAUGCUCCAAGUUGUGAAAGUUCCACAUUGCUACAGAAUGACAAAAAGUGGCUUAAUACUGAUGUUAUUGGCAGUGGACAGUCUGUAGUGCUUUGCAUAAGUCAGCAUAAGGAAUGAUCUGUAUUUCCUUACCCAGUUGUGAAAGGCCCAAAGCAGGUGACACACACAUUUCUUCUGGCUUGUAUCAAAUUCUCAUUGCCAUCUGGGCUCUUGCAGUGCUUUGAGUGUGCCUGGCAUAUCUGGAACUGGAAGGCCAUGAGAGUAUAAGAGAGAGCAAGAUUUUUCUUAAGCAUUUAUGACUAAGAACAUUGCCCUAAGUUACAGUUUCAGUUUUAGGUGAAGGCAUAUGCUCUCCCCAGCCAAAAAUAGAUACCAAGAAACGGCCUAAGGUGAAUUCAACACCUCAUGCAUUCACUGUAUUUAGUUCUGGUCCAAUUUAUUCUUAUUUUAUGUAAGACUUUGUUUGCCUCUUUAGUGAUGACUGGAGCAAAAGUAUGGACAACUACAGCAGACUAUUUGACAGUUCUUUGAAGACAGCAAAUUGUUGAAAACUUGUCAUGUUUCUAUAAGAAGUGAUUGAUUUAAAGUUGGCAAGUUGAAGCAUAUGGUGUGGAUGUCUAGGGGUGAUGUAAGAAAUUUAGAAGAAAGAACUUUGGUAAUCAGUGUGUUCAUUCUUGACACUCUUCUCUUGCUGCUUUCCCAAAUUGCAACAUGUUUUUCUUCAGAUUCUUUUAUUGAAUUUGUCUGUUUCAGCACUUCAUCAUAUGAGUACCUUUACAAAUAAGAAAUAGACAAGAUGAGCUAAAAUGUAGGUAGAUAAGUUGUUUGGGGUUUUUUUAACUUGAUUUAUUACGACACUAAGACAAGGUGCUUGGAGCAUUUGGUCUUCUCUCCUUUGCAUAAACUCCAAUAUCACUGCCUAUUCUUUUGUUCUCCCUGGCAGAUGUGCAGCUUUUUCUUACCUGUCCCUGGGAUACUUCAUCAUCCUGCAGCAAUGUAUCCACUUCUCACAGCCCUAUAAAUAUCAGCAAACUGCUAAAAUAAAGCAUCAGUAUGUAAACUAAUAUUUGCAUAUCCCAUGUCCCUCAUAAGCUGCAUCUUUAUUCCUGAAAUUAAUUUGAUGUCCUUCCUUGGAACAGAAGGAAGAGUAGGUAUGGCGGUGAUAAUUUUUGGUACUGGGAAUUAGCAGGCAGUAGGCUUGUAUGUUAUCAGAAAACUGUGGAUAAAUUGUAGAGCAAGUGAAAUGGCAUUAAUGAGUUGCUUUGAAUUCAGCAGUUUAAAGAACGUGCUCCAGUACUGCAUUAACACACAGGAAUUUUCAAAAAAGGAUGGUAAGAAAGUGAACUGAAGUUAGAGGAAGUACUGAAACUUGGGGGAAUUUAUGUGUGCUUUAAAGAUGCAGGAAGUCACAGAAGACUGGAUGUUUUCUGGAAAGGUUAAACCAUUCUGGUAAUUGUGUUUUCAGUCUCGUUCUUUCUCCUACUGACAAAACUAACUUUUGAAAUUUCAGGGCAAAAUAGAAAAAGGGCCCUUACCUUUGAACAGAACACAUGACUAAAUCAAUGGGAUUAAAAAAAAACAAAAACCAAACAAACAAAAAAAACAACCUCCCCAAAAAAAAUACAAAAAAACCCAACCAAAAAAACCACAAAAACCCCCCAAAAAACCAAAAACCAACACCAACAAAUAUUUAUCUAAAACCUUCAAAAAAAUCAAAAAUCUUGAAUUAAGAUUAUGUGCUUUUGUUUCUAAUGCAGAAAUAGUUCCUGAAGUCUAAUGGUUUCAUAGGUGAAGGUUGUUGUGCAUCCCCCCAGGUGCACAUAAAAGGCAGAUGAUUUCAGCUUGGCAACAUUCAAUCCAGAGAAGACUGAUCAUAAUUUAGGAUCAUGAACUAGAAAAAUACUGCUUUGGGGUUUUCCUGUAUUUGAAAAAAAGUAUGUUUAGCACCUGUAUCUGUGCUUGGCUCCUUUCCAUAAGUUUUGAAGUAAACCAUGGAGAAUGUUUGCUAA